AAAAUGGUUUCAUUUCCGGCAGCGGCAACAGGGCGCAGAGCGCUUGCUGCCCCAUUAAUUUACAAAACUCACUUGUUAUUUGAUUUUAAUAGAUAAAUAGAAGAAUAUCACAAAACCUUCUGUGUUUAAAUAUCAACUUUCAAAAAUGGGGAAACCUGAGUUCAACAACUCCCGUGGCGGUGGUGGUUUCAGAGGCCGAGGGGGUGGAGGGGGCCGUGGAGGCUUUGGAGGCCGCGGCGGGGGAGGUGGAAGAGGAGGCUUCGGAGGAGGCGGGGGCAAGUUUGAAAAGAGAGGGGGCGGAGGCGGCAGGGGAUUUGGAGGCAGAGGAGGUGGAGGAGGUCGGGGUGGACGAGGUGGUCCUCCCAGACGUGGAGGAUUUCAAGGAGGCAAACAAGUUUUUGUUGAACCUCACAGACACAAUGGAGUGUUUGUCGCCAGAGGCAAAGAAGAUGCACUAGUUACAAAGAAUUUAGUCCCUGGAUCAGAAGUAUAUGGAGAAAAAAGAAUAUCAGUGGAGGAAAAUGGUGAAAAAAUUGAAUACAGAGUAUGGAAUCCCUUCAGAUCAAAGUUAGCUGCUGCUAUAAUGGGUGGAGUAGAUGGAAUACACAUUAUGCCAGGGAAACGCGUGCUAUAUUUAGGAGCAGCAAGUGGUACCACAGUUAGUCAUGUGUCUGAUAUUGUUGGGCCGGAAGGCUUAGUAUAUGCAGUAGAGUUCUCACACAGAUCUGGAAGAGAUCUAAUCAAUGUAGCCAAAAAGAGGACAAAUAUAAUUCCAAUAAUAGAAGAUGCCAGACAUCCGCUCAAAUAUAGAAUGCUAGUUGGCAUGGUCGAUGUCAUAUUUGCUGAUGUGGCACAACCUGAUCAGGCCAGAAUUGUUAGUCUCAACGCUCAACAUUUUUUGAAAAAUGGUGGACAUUUUGUUAUUUCUAUUAAGGCUUCCUGUAUAGAUUCAACGGCACAACCGGAAGCAGUAUUCGCGGCGGAAGUCAAACGACUCACAGCUGAAAAGUUAAAACCUCAAGAGCAACUUACGCUAGAACCGUACGAAAGAGACCACGCUGUCGUCACUGGAAUAUUUAGACCACCGCCGAAAGCAAAAUAAAACUAAAUAAAUACAUUAUGAAAUUUUAAGACAGGCGACCAUAAUGGUUAAUUGAAAAAUAUUAAGAAGUUUCAAUUUAUGACCAAUAUUAGUUAAGUGCCUAAUAUUUUUAAGUUAGGUUAAGUACUGAGAAGAUGAAUAAAUGAUGAGAAUGUAA